AAAAAGAUAUUUUUUUUAUAUAUAUUUAUUCUAUUUUUAUUAUAUGUAACAAAUGACAAAUAACCGAGAAGAUAAUUCAACCUCAACUUCUGAAUCCACUAUCCCAUAUUAUGGAAGUAGAGUGCCCAGACAAUCAGCCGGUGAAGUAGAUAAUAUCAUAUUUAAUAUGAUGGAUGAUAUAAAGAACGCGGCGUUUGAAGAAAAAGAAGAAACGAAAGAAGCAAAGAAUGAUAAUAACGAUGAUAGGAAACUUAACCGUAUCUAUUGGAAUAUAAGAAUAUUACUAAUAUCUAUUGUUAUUCUAUUGUUUGUCGUUGGAACAGUUCUAUUAAGCGAAUUAACCAAGAAAAAAGUCUAG